GAUAAUUCAGUUAUUCUUAUUUAUCCAUUAAAACAUAAUUUCUGUAUUUUAUACAGACAAGAUAAUUCAGUUAUUCUUAUUUAUCCAUUAAAACAUAAUUUCUGUAUUUUAUACAGACAAGAUAAUUCAGUUAUUCUCGUUUAUUUCCCAGACAAUUGUUGACCAUUUACCCUUAGUUAACCAUAUCAUCUACAUGGAAGGACUUGGUCAUCCAGAUGUGAAAGGUUUUCCAAGCUCUAUAAAAGUAUUACCUUUCCUUGAACUUGAGAGACUUGGACAUAGUGCUGACCCAGAUCUCACUGGGGAGGUUCCAGGUCCUGAUGAUCUUGCAAUUAUAAUGUAUACAAGUGGUUCAACAGGGGUUCCAAAAGGCGUGAUGAUCACUCAUAAAAAUAUUAUUACCACAGCCAAUGGUUUUGCAACUGUCUCUGCUGGAUUAAUGAACACUGAACUCUUCAUGGCAUUUCUUCCACUUGCACAUGUGUUUGAGUUAGCUGUAGAGAACUUUUUCUUGGCCAUGGGCAUUCCGAUAGGCUACUCUUCUCCUCAAACGAUGACAGACAAGUCUACAGCAGUGAAGUCUGGAUGUCAAGGAGAUGCUUCGCUUCUAAAACCUACUAUCAUAAUGUCUGUCCCUCUUGUAUUAGACAGAAUCCGCAAGAGCGUUCUGGAAAUAGUUGAAAGAAAAGGUGAUUUCGCGAAAGCAUUCUUCAAGUUUGUCAUUAAGUAUAAAUUGUGGUGGAUGUCCAAAGGCUUUAGGACACCAUUAUUGGACAGGAUUGUGUUUAAGAGUGUCAGGCAGCUGAUUGGAGGAAGAUUAAAGUUUGUAGCCUCUGGUGGAGCCCCUCUUUCUCCUGACACUCAUGACUUCAUACGCGUUUGUCUGUCAGUUACAACAUUCCAAGGCUAUGGCUUAACAGAGACCACAGCAGGAGCUACUACUAUGGCAUGUAGGUUAUCGUUGUUCCUAAUAAUACUGAUAGUUAGGAGUUCUGUUCAAAUUAUGAUGCAUACAU